UACGACCUCAGGUAUGAGAGUCGCACUUCAUUUAAUUAAGGGCUUUGAUUUUUCUAUAGCACGAUAUGAUGAGAUGAGAUGCGAAAUAAUUUUAUAUAAGAUUGAGGACCUAAGUUAUUUAAAAUCUGUAAAACAAAACCACUGAAUUUUAAAUACUGAAUUAAUAAUUUCGUUGAAUACUCGAUCUAGUUAACAGAUCUAUUGCUUUUUUAUCAUGUAAGAGACAAAAACUGCCCGCCGUAAACAUAUUUGUCGCAUCAUAUGGUUUAUUAUUUUAAAUCUUAUUUACGAAGGCUUUUAAUAUCUUUAUAAGGCGUAGUAGAGAUAAAGUCAUCAUUAUUACUUGUGUACAGUUUUUUCGAAGUUGACUUGUAUGCUUUCGCAUAGAUAAGUUAUCAAAGGUACCAGUCAUCUUAAUUUUUUACAGUAGCGGUUAAUCGAUCGACCUGUGCACACAAUUAGCGACGCGUGCGCAUUCUAGUGUAUUAAAUAUGAGAGUGAUUUUUGUUUUGUGGUCUUUCUUUUUGCUAAUAAAUUAUACAACAGGUCAAAAUACUACGAUCGACCUAGAAUGCCCGUCCCUGGAGUAUGGAGAUACAUACACACAAUCGGAGUUUCUCUCCCGGCUUGCUCACACGUGUCGCUACGACCAUCUCCUACUGCCGACUUAUGAAACCCGCGACGUUGUCUAUGUUCACGCCAGUGCUUAUAUAUACUUCAUUCAACCAGCUGAGGCUCAUGAUUUGAACUUUAAGCUUCACUUCCUUCUUCAAUUGCGAUGGACAGAUCCAAGAUUGGCCUAUUCAGCGUAUUCCCCUGAAAGGGAGAAAAUAAUUGGCGAAGACGAUCUCCGAACUCGCGUUUGGGCACCGCACUUAUACAUUCCUAACGAACAAUCAUCCAGUUUGAUGGGUACUGAUAGUAAGGAUGUCCUUAUAUCGAUAGCGCCGAAUGGAGAAGUACUGUUCAGCCGGCGGAUGCAGGGUGUUCUGUAUUGCUGGAUGAACCUUCAGAAAUUUCCAUUUGAUGUGCAGACGUGUUCUAUGAAUUUAGAGAGCUGGAAAUACAACGCGUCCAUUCUACGCUUGAUGUGGGAGAUAGAUAAUCCCGUUCGGCUAUCUUCAGAGCUGCAUUUGACAGAAUAUUCCCUGCUCGACUAUUGGACCAAUGAGUCGGUUGUUCGAGGAGAAAUAGUUAACAUGAGAGUGGGUGGAGCGGGUAACUACAGUGCUUUGAAAUUUACAUUCAAAUUAAGCCGAGAGGUCGGUUACUACUUAAUGGAUUAUUUCAUCCCUUCAAUGAUGAUUGUCGCCAUGUCAUGGGUCACCUUCUGGUUGCAAGCUGAUGCGUCACCUCCACGAAUCACACUGGGUACCAGUACCAUGUUAUCGUUUAUCACACUGGCAUCAUCUCAAGCGAAAACUCUCCCAAAGGUUUCAUACAUCAAAGCAAGUGAAAUCUGGUUCUUAGGCUGCACUGGUUUCAUUUUCGCAGCCCUUGUUGAAUUCGCAUUCGUCAACACUAUUUUCUACAGGAAGAAUGUUGCUCCUUUGAAGAAAGUGAACAGUAAAUACAUACUAAAAAGUACGUUAACUCCGCGGCUGGCACGUAAAGAACUACAGAAAGAAAUAGCUGAAUCAUCACCACAGCUAAGCAAGUCUCGCUCAUGUUCUUCACUGUCACAGGAUACUAAUAAUGAUCCAGCAGGAAUGGGAUACAACAAUUACCUAACGGUUCAUAGCUUCCCGUCAGCAAUAAACGUUCCAACUAUUACGACAGAGAGCUAUGACGAUGUAAUUAGCAGACAGUCACCAGGGCGACACCUUAACUCCGGUAGUGAAAACUCCGAUGAGCUUCCUCAGCAUCAUACAUGGACUGAGAUGACGCCCAAGGAAAUUGCUGCCUGGAUCGAUAAACGCUGUAGAGUUCUGUUUCCCUUACUAUUCUUAUGUUUUAAUAUACUUUACUGGACGUUUGUCUAUUGUCUUUAAGAUUAACGAUUAGAUCGAUCUCGAUCGUAAACUGUCUAAAAAUUGGUCACGGGUGAGGUUUUUAAACGAGAGACGAAUAGAUUAGACAUAGACAAUAUACUUCAUGAUAACAUAUGCUAAUCCAAUCACAACGUUGCGUUUUGUCGUUUAUUUUUCAGUCUCACUCUGCCCUUUUGAAUGGCAUUUAGAUGUAGGGCCGAUAAGCAACGAAAUUUUAAAAGUGCAUUAAAGUAAUGCAUGAAAUAUUUAUAGUAGGUAAUUCUCAGCAAUUUAGUCACACUUUGAAUAUCAUGGACUUUUAUAAAGUCGUUAUUAAGUUUUGAAUACAAUGCAAAUACAAUUUUAGAAUUCAUUUAUAUUUAAGUACUCCUUUAAUAUUCAUAUUUAUAUAUGCAAAGA